CUUUGCUUGCUUUCACAUUAUUUUGUGAACUUUCAUCCCACUCCCCAACUCUCCAUCUCUUCUAUUCUUCCAUUGGCCAUGGCAACUACUUUAUUAGAUACAUUGAGGAAAGCUGAUCUCGACCAGUAUUAUUCGAGGUGCGUUUCCUGUGUAUAUCCGCUUCCACUCCCGCACAAGGAAAAAAAAAUAACACCUUUCUUCCCAAUAGCUUUUCUUCCAAUGGUAUCUCUCAUCUAGAAAGCUUGGCUCAGAUUUCCAUGCAGGACUACAGUCGCUUGGGUGUAACUACUAUGAAAGACCGACGGAAACUGUUUCAACUGGUCCAAGGAUUGCGUCAAGAACUUCCAAGUUAUGAGAAUGGACUUUUGGCAUCCAGCCAGUCAACCGUUCCUUCUUCUUUUCGUAGACCUUCCGAUGUUUAUCAGAAACGACCAGACUCUAGUUCGCCAAAUCGAUCGCCUAUUCAAUCUCCUAGUAUGCCUAGCCCGCCACCGCUAGCCACUCGAUCUAGAUCACGAACCCUGCCUGGCCAACUCUCGAGACCUGAAAUAUACCUUAAACACCUUGAUACCUAUAAUGAAGAUGCAUCGGAUGAAGAUGACCCUGUGCCCGUUCGCAGAGGGUCCGGUCCUUCCAACCCAUACGGUAUGCCUCUGCAUUCCCGUGUUCGCCACUCUCCUCGACCCCCCUCCAAUUCUUCAGCCUUUUCCGGAUCCAGCUCACCCACCGUUGCCACCAUACCUGCUAGUAAGCCCGGUCAAAGCGAUUUGAACCAAAAGAUUCGUGUGUGUGUUAGGAAAAGGCCGCUGAGUAGAAAGGAGAUCGACAAAGCAGAAAAGGAUAUUGCUCCUACUGUCGGAAUUCGAAGUAUCCAUAUCAAUGAGCCAAAAGUAAAAGUUGAUCUUACCAAAUACGUCGAACAGCAUAGCUUCACUUUUGAUGAAGUGUUUGAUGUUGAUGCUGACAAUCAAGAGCUUUAUCAACGCACCGCUUUACCGCUUGUCAAGUAUGUCUUUGAUGGUGGAAAGGCAACCUGUUUUGCAUACGGACAGACUGGAUCUGGCAAAACCUAUACUAUGUUAGAUCAAGAACAUGGCUUGUAUGUCCUGGCUGCUCGCGAUAUCUUUGCUCUGUUGAAGCAACCUCAGUAUGAACAUUUAUCAGCCUGGAUUGGUUUUUAUGAAAUCUAUCAGGGCCAAUUGUACGAUUUGUUGAAUGAACGAAAGAAACUAUUUGCUCGUGAAGAUGGAAAGCAGAAUGUCGUCAUUUCCGGUCUGAAGGAGUUCCCUAUUGACAAUGUCAAUAACUUGAUGCAAGUUUUUGAAUACGGUAGCCAAGCUCGCAGUACAGGAAGUACGGGCGCAAAUGCCGAUUCUUCUCGUUCCCAUGCCAUUUUGCAAGUGCUACUCAAGCCCAAGAAAAACCGAAAGCAGAUUACUGGAAAGCUUAGCUUUAUUGAUUUGGCUGGUAGUGAACGUGGCGCUGAUAGAGGUGAUGCCGACACUAAGACGAGAAUGGAAGGCGCCGAAAUCAACAAAAGCUUGCUGGCUCUCAAAGAAUGCAUCCGAGCACUGGACCAAGAUAAACGCCAUACCCCGUUCCGUCAAAGUAAAUUAACUCAAGUUUUAAAGGAUUCGUUUGUUGGGAAAUCACGUACUUGCAUGAUUGCAACUAUCUCACCCAAUCAAAGCAAUAGCGAACAUACCCUUAAUACCCUUCGCUAUGCUGACAGAGUGAAAGAGUUGAAAGGUGAACGUGCACGUCCUCAAAGCGAAAACUUAUCGGACGAUCAUUACUUGGUGUCAGGAUACAAUGAUAUGGAUGACCAUUCGGGUGAUGAAGACGAAGAGCAAUUUCUGGAUGACGACUUUGUGGAAUCGGACGAUCCGGAUUUGUACAAAGAAGUGGAUGACACUUUCUUGGAUGAUGAGGACUUUCCUGAUGAAAAUGUCAAUAUCUUGGAUGAAGAAUUUUUGCAUGAUGGAAAUGACCGCUUAUUGGCCGACCCUCCGGCUGCAUUACCUCCUCAAAACACCUAUGCGUCGCAGCGCCAGAAAAGCCCAUCUGGCCUCGCUCGUUAUGGUGGUUUGUCAUCUGCUCCACAAAGCUCCAACCCUAGCAGAACCAGUCAAGACAUGGCGCACAGGUCUAGCACAUCAUCCAAUUUACAAUAUGACCGAUCUCGUUCCAGCUUUGAGGAUCAACACAAGGGAUUGUCACUUAGCCCUGUCUCACUACAGGAUGCAGAUGGCUCAGAUACUAUGGUCGGUGGUCCAUCUGCCAAAUCACCCCGUGUCAACCAUAUGAGCCGAACCCAUUCGUCAGGAGGAGACAGUUACCAAUCUAAACAGCAAGUAGACAUUGAUAGUAUCAUGUUCGACGCUGAUACCAUCGACGACUUCAUCAAAUUACAUCGAGCUGAAGUAAGAGAAGUGUCCGAUUAUACCAAAAAGGAAACUAAGCUAUUGGCGAAUUUCUCCCUUGGUUUGUCCAGCCGGCGUAAUCUGCAGGAAGGAGAAACACCUAGCAUCAAAGACGAUAUCAAAACGUCCAGCGAGUUUAUAGACUAUCUUGGUAAUUUGGAUGAGGUUCUGGAUAUCAAGAUGGCGGCCAUUGAAGCUCUGAGAGAUCGAAUUCGAGUGGCAUUAGGCGAGGAUGCAUACUAAGCCCAAUGCCUUAUUUUUAUUUGGAUACCCGAGAAAUAGCAAAAGCAAAGCUGUUUCGAAUAGAAUCAUUUACUGUUCAUUAUCAACUGUAAAUCCCGCGAUUAUUUAUAGAAGAACUUUCAUAUCCUACCUUUCGCAGCAGUGACGUUACAUAACUCGAGUUGAGCUGGAUGACCCAAUAUUACCAGUUGGAAAUCACCUUCGUGAUAUGGAUGCAGUUAGUCACUGACGCGCUUGUCAAUCGUAGCUGCACUUUAUCUUGACAUAGCUGUUAUGAUUUUCCAUUAAAUUAUGAGGUCAGUUUAGUAGCAUAUACAGUGAUCUAUCUUAUUUA